AUGGAUUCGCACAUCACUGACGAAGAAACAGAACAGCAGCCAAAGCCGCAUAAACGUCGCGUUUACAGUAUCGACAGCGUCUUCCCUGCCGUAUCAGAAGUUUUAUUCGGCAUGGCUGGGACGACGGGGAUGGAGUAUCUGACUUGGGCAAUGGGGAAGAUGUGCGUGACUACCGACGCGUUUUUUGGUUUUACGUUUGAUGCCGACUCAGACGCAACCAACUUUGCCGCCCCAAGUAGCUGCUUUAAGCAUGGCCGGAUUGUUUUUGAAGACGACGAGUACGAGACAGAGGAGUAG